AUGUCUACCACAAUCGAUAAGAUCAAGGAGGUCGAGUCCGAGAUGGCUCGGACCCAGAAGAACAAGAACACUUCUUUCCAUUUGGGACAACUGAAGGCCAAGCUUGCUAAGCUCAAGCGAGAACUUUUGACCCCAACUAGCGGAGGUGGUGGCGGUGGUGCCGGUUUCGAUGUUGCACGUACUGGUGUUGCUAGUGUUGGUUUUAUUGGUUUCCCAUCCGUUGGAAAGAGUACUUUGAUGAGCAAACUCACUGGUCAACAUUCUGAAGCUGCCGCCUACGAGUUCACAACCCUUACAACCGUGCCUGGACAGGUCCAGUACAAUGGUGCCAAAAUUCAGAUUCUCGAUCUUCCCGGUAUUAUUCAGGGUGCCAAAGACGGUAAGGGUCGUGGUCGACAGGUUAUUGCAGUCGCCAAGACUUGCCAUCUGAUUUUCAUUGUUCUCGACGUGAACAAGCCCCUGGUUGACAAGCGAGUCAUUGAGAACGAAUUGGAGGGCUUCGGUAUCCGUAUCAACAAGUCCCCUCCCAACAUCAACUUCAAGAAGAAGGACAAGGGUGGUAUCGCGAUCACCAGCACGGUUCCCCUGAACAACAUUACCCCGGAGGAGAUCAAAGCCGUCAUGAACGAAUACAAGAUCUCUUCCGCCGAUAUCGCCAUUCGAUGCGACGCGACUAUCGAUGACCUCAUUGAUGUUCUGGAAGCCAAGAGCCGAAGCUACAUCCCCGUUGUCUACGCACUGAAUAAGAUCGAUGCCAUCUCCAUCGAGGAGCUGGAUCUCCUGUACCGAAUCCCCAACGCCGUCCCAAUCAGUUCCGAGCACGGUUGGAACAUUGAUGAGUUGUUGGAGAUGAUGUGGGAGAAACUCAACCUGUGCAGAGUCUACACCAAGCCUAAGGGCAAAGCACCCGACUACACAGCACCCGUCGUGCUCCGUUCCACCGGAUGCACCGUCGAGGACUUUUGCAACGCUAUUCACCGAAGCAUCAAGGAUCAAUUCAAACAGGCCAUUGUCUAUGGUCGCUCAGUGAAGCAUCAACCCCAGCGUGUUGGUCUCUCACAUGAACUUGCUGACGAAGAUAUCGUUUCCAUUGUUAAGCGGUAA